AUGCCCCUUUCUUUCCAGCUCCCGGCAAUGGUAGUAUCAUCAUCUUUCCUAAUGAUGAUGAUGUUGCUGACACUUUCUAUGAUUCUACCAACAGAAAUUCUUCUUUUGGUGGACGCACAACCACAAGACUCCUCGACACCAUCGUCGUCCCCAUCAGCUGCUGCUGCUGCUACAACACUUUCACCGAUAGCAUCACCGCCUACCCUUUCAGCCGCGCCAUCCGAAUUUCCAUCAGCCGCUUCCAUGAACCGCCCAUCACCUGCACCGACGAUAUACGUUCCUACUCGUUCCGCAAUACCAUCGGAUUCACCGUCGGCCGCACCCACCCGUGUUCCUUCUGUUCAAAUGAUUGAGGAUACAUCCACCAGUCCGACGUUUGAGAAUAUUGAAGAAAAAGAAGAAGAAGAAGAGGACGAACUUUCCUGUAAAAAUACGGCAGGGUGGAUGGCCCCGGCUACCUAUUUGCAAAACGGACAAUGGAUCCAAGGAAUCUUUGAUUGUGAUCAUCCCUCCAUUAGUUGUCAGAGGCGUGCGAGGAUAGGUCCAGCUACCCAGCAUUGCUGUAAAUGUCGACCCGAAUGCUGUGGACAAUGCAGUCAUGCCCAACCAAAUCGCUACGAUCAGGCUGGAGCAUUUUCAGCAGAUCCUUGUAAUCCAGGCGAUUACGAUGAUGAUGAUUAUUCAAAAAAUGGUCCUUAUAUUCAUGGUGGCGGUCCCACUCAAGACGUUGACGACGAAUCGUCUGGUGGUCCGAUGGAAGGAAUUGAUAUCUUGCGCUUUAUAUUUUCGGCCAUGGGAAUUACCUUUUGUGUGAUUGCGGCUCUGUUGGCGAUCCGAAAUCAACAGUCUCGUGAAUUGAGGGAUGCCCGUCGCAUCAUGGCAGAACGACGGCGGCUUCAACGGGAACGAGAAGAAGGGGAGCAACGGCGGCAUCCACCAGAACAACUAGACAUGAAUGCUCGUUUUGACCAGAUUGUGGCUUCCUUUUUGUUUCAGAGUGUCAAUUCCGACAAGACCAACAUUUCGGCCGAUUGCAUUCGAGGAGCAAAGGCUGCAACUGCUGGUGAUGGUGGUGACGAUGAGGCUCCCGUCAAUGAGGACGGUACUUCUGUAUCGGCUAGUACGAUGAGUGACCCAUCCAAUACAAAUGAGAAUAGUUUGACGGAACGUCUCUCAAGUUGGACCAAACCUUCACCCAAGGAUGAAUGCUGUAUAUGCCUCGAGUGCUAUGCGCCUGGUGAAACUAUCUGUGUUCCCAUUUGCAAGGAUUGUAAUCACGUCUUUCACGAAGAAUGCAUUGUGGAAUGGCUCAAGAACCAUACAGAUUGCCCAUUGUGCCGAGUGCAGGUACUUGGAGAUCGAAUCCACAAAAUACAGUGA